AACUCGUGCAUAAAGCGUGCAAUUCGAUAAUCUCUUUCACCCUUUCAGAUAUUCAGCAUUUCUGGGGUUCUCAUUUGGGAUAUAAUCUUAUUCAAAUAUUCAUUAAUGAAACGGUAAUGGUAGACCACACUUGGCAACAUGGGGCAGUUGAAAACAAAAGUGCAGACUAACUACUAACUUACUACAACUUGAAUAUCGGUAAAAUUGAUCGAAGGUGUGCAGUGAUUUAUAUAAUUAGAUCGCGAAGGACCAUUAAUUCCGUCCUGUUAUUCGCUAUUUCCUGCAAUGGCUUCUGCCAGGAAUAGAAAUGGCAGGAAUAAUCCAAUGCCAAACAUAUAUGAAUCAAUGAAGAAAGGUCUUGAUACUCUCCUAAAGGCAUUUCGGGAUGAUGAGGAAGCUGAAGAAUAUACAUUUGAUGCAAGCCUUUCUACUGAACAACGGGCAUACAUUCAUGCUUCUGCACAAAGUAUGGGGAUGAAAUCUAAAAGUCAAGGAAAAGGAAGUGAGAGAAGACUAACUGUAACAAAAACUGUUGUUCAUGUGAAAAACAAGGUUUCGAAGUUAAACAUUCUUCCCCAUACAGUUGAAAGAGCAACCAAAUUACUUCAGGAAUUUCCCUUGACUAAUGAAGAACUGCAAGAUGUACACCCUCUUCAGAAACAAGUUGCUAAUAUUGCCACCGGUCAACAAUCCCAUGCUGACUGCAUAAAGUAUCACAUGCCUAUCAUUCCACAACCUGCAAAAUCCUCUGCCUUAAUCGCUGAUCGGAAAUCCCUUCCAACUUGGAGUCAUCGCGAGGAAAUUCUGAACAUGAUAGCACAAAAUAAGGUGGUAAUGAUAACUGGUGAUACAGGUUCAGGGAAGACUACUCAGGUUCCUCAGUAUCUGUUGGAACUCUUCUCGGAAAGAAACGAACCGGUUCGCAUCAUUUGUACACAACCGCGACGAAUUGCUGCUAUCUCGGUCGCUGAAAGAGUCGCGAACGAACGUGGCGAGCAAUUGGGAGGAACUGUGGGCUAUCAGAUUCGCCUUGAAAAUCGAAUGUCAUCCAAAACUGCUCUGAUGUUUUGCACAACCGGAAUUUUGCUUCGAACGCUGAUGUACCAGGAAGGGAAUUUGGAGAGAGUCACACAUCUAAUUAUUGAUGAAGUGCAUGAAAGAGAUCGCUUCGUCGAUUUUUUGCUUGGUGUUUUAAAAUCUCGUCUCCCACGACUGCCAAAAUUACGGCUUAUCCUUAUGUCUGCCGCCUUAGAUAUCAGCGUCUUCUCCAACUACUUUGGCAGUUGUCCAGUUAUGCAUGUGCAGGGAAAAUGUUUUCCCGUCGCCGAGUACUUUCUUGAAGAUGUUUUGGAGCUGACCGAUCAUCUCGGUAAUUCAACGCCAUUGGAAAUCGGCGUUUGGGAUGGCGACGACAAAAACACAAAAAAUGGAGCAGUUGGAUUUUCCCGAAACGGAGGACAAGCGGCUCGAAUGUCAAAACUAGAGAAGAACAAGCCAUGUGUUCUGGAUUCUGGUGCCAAGUUGACAUUUGAUUCUUGGAUACAAGAAGUUUUUGUUUUGGACAACUCAGAUGCUUUGGGCAGGCUUGCUGAUGCCGUGAUGCGAAGCCAUAUGCCCAUCAAUUACAAACAUUCUCAAACACAAAUUACUCCACUAAUGGUCGUUGCUGCCCGAGGACGUAUUGACUUGGUGAACUCAUUUUUGCAGCUUGGCGCUGAUCCAGCUCUGACAGCUGGGCAGUGGACUGCUGCCAACUUAGCACGCUCAAUGCAACAUCAUUCCGUAGCCAGUGCGCUGGAAGUGUAUCAGUCGGGAAAAGCGGAGAGUUUGCUACAAAAUUACAAGUUUCGCUAUGAUGAAGAAAUUGUCAACGUGGAUCUAGUGUUGGACCUGCUCCAUGUAAUCGAGCAACAGAAUUCCGAAGGAGCAGUCCUCAUCUUUCUUCCUGGCUAUGAUGAAAUCAUGAACAUUCGUGACCGAAUCAUGUACAACGACUCUCGAUUCGCCGGUUCAGGGAAAUUUGAGGUCUAUACUCUUCACUCGAGUAUGCAAUCGGGCGAUCAACGACGAGUCUUCUUUCGCCCACCUAGUGGAAAACGCAAAAUUGUUCUGUCGACAAACCUUGCCGAGACGAGUAUCACAAUUGACGACAUCGUAUUUGUCAUCGAUACUGGAAAAGUCAAAGUUAAAUCUUUUGACGCGCUUACUGGUGUGUCGGCACUGAAAGCAGAGUGGGUUCCACAAGCUUCAGCAAUUCAACGCAAAGGAAGAGCAGGUCGUUGCAGGGAAGGGAUUUGCUAUCAUCUCUUCUCCCGUGAACGCUACGAAUCAUUCGAAAAAUAUCAGAUCCCAGAAAUUUUCCGAGUUCCAUUGGAGGAGCUAUGUCUUCAGUCUAAAAAUCUUGCACCAAUCGAUUUGUCGAUUGAACAGUUUAUUGGCCAAGUUCCAGAAGCUCCAAAUCCUCAUGUGAUUCAAAGGGCCGUGAAGAUGUUACAAUGGAUGGAUGCCUUGGAUCCCUGGGAAAAUGUCACCGAUCUUGGUCGGUUGUUGUUAGAGUUGCCGGUUGAGCCAAGAGCCGGUAAAAUGCUCCUUACCGCUACGGUACUUCACUGUUUGGAUCCUGUCCUGACGAUUGUCUGCUGCUUAAGCCAUCGAGAUCCAUUUCUCUUGCCUGCUGAACCCAACGAGAAAAAAAUUGCUGCAGCGCGCAAGCUUGAACUCGCUGCUGGUACCCUUAGCGACCACAUGGCCAUGCUUCGCGCCUUUAAUUUGUGGCUAGCUGCCCGUGCCAACGGCAAAGAAAGGGAGUUCUGUCAUCGUCACUUUUUAUCGUCGGCAACUAUGGACGUAAUCCACCAAUUGCGCAUUCAAAUUUUGGACCAGCUGCGAAAGUCUGGGUUCGUUCGGAGUUUCCAGGAACUGAAUACGAACGCUUCCAGCUGGGUUGCAAUUAAGGCGUGCAUUCUCUCUGGUCUCUAUCCUCAAGUAGCUCGACGUUGUCGGUCCGGCAAGUUGACAACCCGCCGCGAAGCCUCGGUACGGCUUCACAUGACGUCGGCUCUUUUAGGUGAAAAUGGCCACACAUCUCAAAGAAAGGCCAUCACCCAACUUCCGAGUGAAUGGAUGGUUUACGAGGAAAUAUCAAGAUACGGGGGACUUGUGGCUUCCCUUCGUUGUGUAACCUUGGUCAAUACGGUCGCUUUGGCUAUUUUUGGAGGACAUUGUCGGUUGUCAAAUGAGUCUAUCAAAGACCCCGUUUUCUCAUCUGAAAGCGAAGAUUAUGAUGACAACUAUGAGGACGAAUCGACCACAGAUGAAUCAUCUGAUGAAUGGGAUGAUAUCGAGGAGUUAAAUGAAGGACUACAUGACUUGGUAUUGGCCGAGAAGUUUUGCCAGAGUCCGCUACCAGACCAUAGAAAAUCUAAUGCUAGCAAACCGACGAAGAAGAACAACCCGAAGGCACUAAGCGAGUUUCAUCUGGAUGAAUGGAUUUGCUUGAAGAUGGAAACAAACCCUGCUCAUCAGUUGUUUGCAUUACGUCAAAAGUGGCAGGCGCUAUUCGCCCGUCGCAUGCGAGAUCCUAUCGGUCCCGAAUUGCCAGGUGAUAAACAAGUUUUGGACACACUGCUCAAUAUUCUCUCAAAGGAGGAGCAAGCGUCCGGACUUCCACCUUCACCAGAAUUCUUGGGCAUUGCUGAUGUUCGACGACCGAACAAAUCCUAUGCGAGCGAUAAUUUUCGUUCAAAUCGCCGACCUAAUCCUCGACCCGGAUUGGAAUCUAGAAACUAUUGUCCGCCAAACCCUAGGCCAAAUACGAAACCCAAUUCCUGGCAGGCCAACCAAAAUUCCAAUGAUGUUCCAGAAGGCGGGGGUGACAAAAAUUGGCGAGCUAAUUUUCCGCGAAAUAAUUCUGGGACCUUCCGCCCGAAUCGUUCUGAAGUGUUUUCAAGAGGCCCAAAGGGUAAAGAUCUAGGCAAUCUGAGAUUCAAGACCGGAAUUGCAGAUGUGGAUUUCUUGGUUGGCGGUACGCGUACGUCAGCAUCACAUGCUGAAGGCAACAACGUCGAGCAUGAGCGUGGGCAGUGGUCCGGAAAUGACACAAAUCGGUCCUCUUCAAUGCAUGAUAACGGCACAUCCACUUACAAUAAAGGAUGGAGGAAUGAAGUGGAUGCCAGAAACGGUUUCUUGUUCUCAAAAAAAUCCAAGUCCAAAUAUCAGUUUACAGCGGGAAAGGGCAGUACGAACCAAAUGCCCAAUUCACCUAGGGAUUCACAGCCGCCACCCGCGAACAGGCUGGCACAGUCGGCUGGCAAAUCGCCAUCAGAAAGCCAAGCGAACAAAUAUCCCUUGGACCAGCCCCGAAGGAUCGUUGCGAAAGAGAGUGCUCAAUUUGCGCAGGGUUCUGUGCCGCGGCUGCCCAGAGAAAGAGAUUCGGAGAUGGCGAAUCAAGAAUCAAACACGAACAGUCAGUCUUCGAGAAAGAAUAGAAAGAAGCCCCAGAAGCGGAAAGAUACGAACUCUGCCCACCCGCCCACUCCUUCUUCUUAAAUUUUAAAUUGUUGAAUCAUCGUUUCAUCAUGUGGAGAAAUGUGGGAGGAGAGAAAGUGCGCGCUGGAGCGCCAAUAACUUGAAGAAGACGAAGAAGAAGAAGGGGAAAAAUGGCAUUGAGAAGAUUUUCUGGAACGGAAAAAAAAUCCUAUAAUUUUCAAUAGAAAUGGAGCCUUAAGCAUCAUUCACAUGUCCUCCAUUAAAAAAGUUUGAAGCUGCCGGCACAAACUGCUGUGACCCAUCAUUUAUGUCUGUCACUCUUGGAUUCUUUCGACCAGUUGUAAUGUUCUUUUUAAGCCUUGGGCCUGGUUUUAUCAAAAUUUUGGAUGUACAAUUCAGAAAUCAUCGACGUUCAUUCUCCCUCCAGCAUAUUCCCGUUACUGGUUCCGGCUUGUAUGACGUGCGUUGUCAUUAAUCUAGACAUAAUACAGAUUAAAUGCCUUUAUGAA